AUGCCUAGCUCGGCUCAAAAUCUACCCCGCGUGCGGGCAUGUCUCUUCGACAUGGAUGGCCUGCUCAUCGACUCCGAGGACAAAUACACGGAUAUCACCAAUGCCAUUCUUCAGGAAUAUGGAAAGCCUUUGCUGCCGUGGUCUAUCAAGGCUCAAUUGCAGGGUCGUCCUCAACCAGAUGCCAGCCGUAUCUUCCACCAAUGGGCCCAGCUCCCCAUCUCUCCCGAAGAAUACGCCGCGAAGCAAUCCGCCCUUCAGGAGAAAUUCUUCCCUCAAUCCCAGCCCCUUCCGGGCGUCAGGGAGCUCCUCGCCAAGCUUGUUUCCACUCAAACCACUGACCAGCCCGUGCACCUUGCCCUGGCCACCUCUUCCCACAGCCGCAACUUCAAGCUGAAGGCCAGCCAUCUGGGCGAGUUGUUUUCCGCAUUCCCCAAAUCCCAACAGGUCCUGGGCGACGAUCCCCGCAUCGGCAAGGGACGGGGUAAGCCGCUUCCCGAUAUCUAUCUGCUCGCGCUAGAAACCAUCAACUCGAGCCUGCGCGAAAAGGGAGAGACCGAGAUCAAGCCUGAGGAGUGUUUGGUCUUUGAGGACGCGGUGCCUGGCGUUGAGGCCGGUCGGAGGGCCGGUAUGCGGGUUGUCUGGGUCCCGCAUCCCGGAUUGUUGGAGUCGUAUAAGGGGCGUGAGGAAGAGGUGCUGGCUGGGCUUACUGGGGAACAUAAGGAAGAAGAGAAGACCGAGCCGGAGCGUGAGGCCGAUGAACUAGUCGCCGGUCGGUUGAAGAGUGCCGGUAAGCCCGGUGAGAUUGGUGAUGGGUGGGGAGAGUUGUUGCCUUCUUUGGAGAAUUUCCCAUAUGAACGUUAUGGAAUUAAACCUGCGUGA